AUGCUGAGAGCCGCGCCGCAGUGGUGGUACUACGGUAGUGAGCUCUUUAACAGCGGGCGGCAGAGGGCAGCCGGGCGCCGAGUCACAGGUGGGGCGCGCGCUCGGUGCGGGCGAGUGGGUGUGUGCGGGGUGCGCGCGGCGGGGCGGGAGCGCGGAGCCGGGAGGAGCCGCGAGCGCAGCGGAGGAGGAGGAGGCCGAGGAGGAGGUGGCUGCGUCCCCGCGGGGCCGAGCUGCGCCCGAGGCAAGGAGCGGAGGCCGCUCGGAGCUGUCCGGGACCCGGACCCGCCGCGGGGCUCAGGGUGCAGGGAGCAAGAGCUGCGGGGCUGGAGGUCUGCGGCUUGGUGCAUGAGGGGCCCGCAGCGGCGCGGCGGCGGUGGGGAUGGUUCGGGCCGCGGAGCCGGAGUGGCCUGGGUUCUGGUGAGGCGUGACAGUCUAUCAUGACUGUGUUCAGGCAGGAAAACGUGGACGACUACUACGACACCGGCGAGGAACUGGGCAGGUACCAGGAAGGGGUAGCGGAAGCGCGCGG